AUGGUUCUUCAAGUUCAAGGUCAAAUACUACGGUUACGUUGUAAGAAAACUGGCCAGGAGUUGAUCUACGCGAAUACUCAUUUGCUAUUCAAUUCGGCACGAGGUGACAUCAAAAUUGGUCAACUUGCCAUGCUGUUCGCCAAUAUCAGUGAUGAGUUGACAAGGUCCUCGUGUCCAGUGAUCGUCAAUGGCGACUUCAAUAUUGAGCCGCUAUCUUAUGUUUAUACGUAUAUUAGCGAAUCAAGCCUCUAUUUGCGUGGUUUACCUCGUAAUGAGUUAUCUGGGCAAGGCCAGCGAGGAGGACCGUGCGUUCAAGCUGGUAAUAUUUUACCACCUGCUGCAAGAAUCGCUCGAGACAGUAUGUUCGUUGAUGAGAAAGCUCCGCGAAAAGCAGUUGAUAACGACUUCUUUACGCAUCCUUUGCGGUUAGCGUCUGUAUACCAUCAUUUCGCUGAAAAUGGAGAGAAAGAAGUGUCCACGUAUCACAAAGAAGUGGCUAACCCAGAUUUCAUUUUCUACUCGAUUGAGAAGAAGAAAAUUGUCAAUUCGGCCACGCAAGUGUACGAAGUUCCGGAACUGCGUUUGCUUCGUAGGUUAAGUUUACCUGGCUUUAACAUUCUCCAGAAAACGUUGGGCCCGUGGCCGAAUCGUUAUGUACCGAGUGACCACAUUCCACUUGUCGCUGAUUUUGUACUGACAAAAACGGGUAAGUAA